UAGUCAUUUCAUCAUAAUAUUACUUGUCAUUGUCAAAUUUGUUUUAUUUACAAAAUUCAUUGAAGUAGACAGUUUUUAUUUUAUUAAUUUUAGAAUUCCUAAAUAGUUUAGGACCAUAAAUUGUACAAUUCAAUUUGAUUGCAUACGUUAUUCAUCAGGGUUUAUUAAAAAUUAAGAAUUGAAGAUGGCUGGAUAUUUUGAAGAAAUGGGCUGGGCAGAGCUGCAGGAAGGACAAACACCAAACCAUUUAUUAGACAUGGCCAGAUUCCUCAUAGAUUUUGGAUUUUAUGACGAAGAUAUAAUUGGAGAGUGGCCAAGGCUUCCUCCACCUGCUUCAAAAGAAGCGGUAGCAAAUAUACCAGAGGUUACUAUAGAGAGCAGUGAUAAGAACUGUCCAAUUUGUUUGAAAAACUUCAAUGUUGGAGAGAAGGCAAAGGAGAUGCCUUGCCAUCAUCAGUUCCAUGCUAAAUGCAUUUUGACAUGGCUUGAGAAGACUAAUUCAUGUCCAUUCUGCAGACAUGAGUUACCAACUGAUGACGAGGCGUAUGAAGCUUACAAGAAAGAGAAGAAACGGAAAGAACAGAGAAAGGAAGACAUAGAAACACUCCAUAAUUCAAUGUUUAGUUAAUUUUAUUUCUUAAUUCAAUAAUUAAUUAUUUGCUUAAACUUAUUUAGUUUUAUUUGUAGAUAUUUUAUUGUGGUGGUGUUAUAAAUAAUAUGUUAAAUCGGUAAUUUUCAUUUUCAUUCACAUGUCGCUAUUUAAAUACUUUAUAUUGAACAUUCCAGAGCAAGUCGAACUGAACUGAAUUGUAUUUCUUUACUAAGCUGUAUUGAAAAAUCAGUCUUAUUGCUUGUAUAAUAAAGACAAAGUUCAAAGGAUUGAUAUUGAUUUGUAUUUGCAGUUUAGUUGAUAAUAAUUUUAUUAUGUUAUAUUGUGAAAGUAAGUCUGUUAUUGGAUUAUGUAAUGCAUUAUGUAAGAAUUGUUUAUUUUCAAAUUAAAAUAUAGUAACUAAACAUUUUAUUGAGUUAAUAUUUAUCAAUGAAUUAUAUAAUUAUGAAUUACUGUA